AUGACCCGAGCGCUCCGCGCCGCGCUCCGCCAGGCUCUUCUGCUGCUCGCCGCCGCCGCCGCACUCUCGGCAGGUUUGAAGUGUGUUUGUCUUUUGUGUGACUCUUCAAACUUUACCUGCCAAACAGAAGGAGCAUGUUGGGCUUCUGUUAUGUUAACCAAUGGAAAGGAACAGGUGAUCAAGUCCUGUGUCUCUCUCCCAGAAUUAAAUGCACAAGUCUUCUGUCAUAGUUCCAACAAUGUUACCAAAACGGAAUGCUGCUUCACAGAUUUUUGCAACAACAUAACACUGCACCUUCCAACAGCAUCACCAAAUGCCCCAAAGCUUGGCCCCAUGGAGCUGACCAUUGUUAUUACUGUGCCAGUUUUCCUCCUGUCCAUGGCUUCAGUGCUGACUGUAUGGGCAUGCCAAGGUCGACAGUGCACCUACAGAAAGAAAAAGAGAUCCAACGUGGAGGAGCCCCUCUCUGAAUGCAAUCUGAUAAAUGCUGGGAAAACUCUAAAAGAUCUGAUUUACGAUGUGACUGCCUCUGGAUCUGGCUCUGGUCUACCUCUCUUGGUUCAAAGAACAAUUGCAAGGACGAUUGUACUUCAGGAAAUAGUAGGAAAAGGUAGAUUUGGUGAGGUCUGGCAUGGAAGAUGGUGUGGAGAAGAUGUGGCUGUGAAAAUAUUCUCCUCCAGAGAUGAAAGAUCGUGGUUUCGAGAGGCAGAAAUUUAUCAGACAGUUAUGCUGAGACAUGAAAACAUCCUUGGUUUCAUUGCUGCUGACAACAAAGAUAAUGGAACUUGGACUCAGCUUUGGCUUGUCUCUGAAUAUCAUGAACAGGGUUCCUUAUAUGACUAUUUGAAUAGAAACACAGUGACAGUGGCUGGAAUGAUCAAGCUGGCACUAUCAAUAGCUAGUGGUCUGGCCCACCUUCAUAUGGAGAUUGUUGGUACACAAGGUAAACCUGCUAUUGCUCAUCGAGAUAUAAAAUCAAAGAAUAUCUUAGUGAAAAAAUGUGAAACUUGUGCCAUAGCAGACUUGGGGUUGGCUGUAAAGCAUGAUUCAAUACUGAACACUAUUGACAUACCUCAGAACCCUAAAGUAGGAACCAAAAGGUAUAUGGCCCCUGAAAUGCUUGAUGAUACAAUAAAUGUGAAUAUCUUCGAGUCCUUCAAACGAGCUGACAUCUAUUCUGUUGGUCUGGUUUACUGGGAAAUAGCCCGGAGGUGUUCAGUUGGAGGAAUUGUUGAGGAGUACCAGUUGCCUUAUUAUGACAUGGUGCCUUCAGAUCCCUCAGUAGAAGAAAUGAGGAAGGUUGUUUGUGACCAGAAGUUACGACCAAGUAUUCCAAACCAGUGGCAAAGCUGUGAAGCACUCCGAGUCAUGGGGAGAAUAAUGCGCGAGUGUUGGUAUGCUAAUGGGGCAGCACGACUAACUGCUCUUCGGAUUAAGAAGACUAUAUCUCAACUUUGUGUCAAAGAAGACUGCAAAGCCUGA